AUGCAACGUUUAUUAACUCUUCGGGUCGGUACAUCUCGAUUGAAUCGAGCUGCUAAUUUAUGUCAAUUGAAUUCGAAUAAAUUAACAUUCGAACGAUAUGCAACGAACGGACAACCCAAAGAAACAAUUGAUCCACUGCCGAAAAAUACAAUGAAAUUAACCGGUAGCGAAAAUGUUCGGCCAGUUUAUGGUGCUCUUGCAAGUGCAGCAGAAACUAAAAAGGAUACAAACACAAGCGAUAAAACAAGUGCUAAUCAAGACGUUCCAUUUCAAAGUGAAAGUGAUCUACGUGAUAAUGUAUUACGAGAGUCAUUGAAAUUCGUUGAAGAACUUGGCUGGACAAUAGAUGCUAUUCGAGCCGGUAUACGUGCAAGUAAUCAAUCAUCGACAAUUGAAGGACUAUUUAGUAGUGGAUAUGACCUAGUGGAAUACUUUCAACGUGAUGCUAAUUCAAAAAUGUCAGCGUAUAUGAAAGAGCAAAUGAAGAAAGGAGAAAUUCAAGGAACUCGUUUACUUAUUGAUAGUCUGAAAUAUCGACUUGGUCUUGUUAUACCUUAUGCAAGUACAUGGGGUCAAGCCAUGGCACAAGGAGCAUUGCCUCAAAAUUCAAUGCGUAGUUGGAAAAGUAUAUUGGAAUUCUCAAGUGAAGCUUGGUAUGGCAUUGGUGAUACAUCGACGGAUAUUAAUUGGUAUACGAAGCGACUUGUACUUGCUACUGUUUAUAAGAGUGCAGAAGUGUACAUGCUUCAAGAUCAAUCUCAAGAAAAACUCGAUACAAUGGACUUUUUAGAAAGACGUCUGCAUGAUUUUCAGACUCUUGGUUCUCUUCGAAAUACUAUGUCAAAAUCUUUGUCGGACUCAGCCCAAAUUACCAGUGGUAUUUUCUCCGUGAUUCGUAAUUUAACUUCUCGUCGUUAG